UAUUUGUUUAAUGAUUUAAAUUAAUAAUAAAAUAACAAGUUAAUAAUAAUAACAAGUCAAAUAUAGGUUACUUUACUUUUAUAAUAUUUAUUUUUUGUUUAAUCAGAUAAGUAUAAUAUUAUAACAACAAUUAUUAAUAGCACAAUAUUUGAAUACAAUAAUUAUUAUUAUUAAAAAUAAUUGGAACAUUUGUUUAAAAUGUUUUUAAUCUAAAAAAAUAACAAGUCAGACUUAAGUUACUUUAUUUUUAUAAAUACACAAUAAUUGCUUACCCUUUCCAAAACAUAUAAAGUCGAAAUUUAAGUACAUUGUCAUUGUUACUAGCUAAUUUCAAAUUGAUAUGAUAAUCAAGACUCCAGAGGCAUGAUUUUCAUUUGAAUAAAAUACACUAUGAGAUAUUUGUUAUUAAGGUUUAACAAGAGAUGGAACACCUGGAGAUAUAUCAAUGGGCAUAACAGAUUCUAAGUUGUUUUUCAAUAAUAAUAACCAAGCAGCAAUUGUCUGAUCUCUGUUGAUACACUCGGCAAACGUAGACAUGUCUUUUAAUUGAUCUGGCAAACAUUGGCGAAGAGCUUCCCGAGCUCUUAAACAGAAAAAGUAACAAUUUUGUUUUUAAAUUAUUUACUCUGUAUGUAAUCAAUGUAAAUUCCACAUUUGAACACAAUCACAAAUUAAUAUAAUUUCAAAAAUUAAGUGAAUGAAUCAUUAUUAAUUUAUACCAUAAUAAUAAGAUUAGUAGAAACUAUAUGCAAAAUGCUUUUUUUUUUUAUUAAUAUUCAACAAAAUGGUCUCUGAUCAAGAAAUUCUUUCUUCAAACAAAUUAGAAACUUAAUUUUUAGUUAGCAUUAAUUUGAAUUACUAUUAGUAUUUUAUGUAUUAGAAGAAAAAUUAUCAAAUUAACUAGUUGUAAUAAAAAGUAAUAAUUAGUUUUAAACAAAAUAAAAUGUUUCAUUUAUUUUAACUAGACAAAUUGUUGUGAUAAAAUAUAAUCUGCUUUAGGUUAAAAUAUUCUAUGCCAAAUCAUUUUUCCUAUUAUACUCAAACUUUUUUUCAAAUAAAUUAUUGUAAAACACUAUUGAUAUUAAUUUUAUGAUGUUUAACAUUUAAGAAUUUAUAAUAUAUUUUAAAAAAAUAGUAGAGAAUUUUAUUCCAAAUAAUAUUGUGCAUUCAAAUAUGCUUAAAUUGUUUUUGUUGAUAAAAUUGUUUUUGUUAAUAAAAUUGUUUUUGUUAGUAAAAUUGUUUUUGUUAGUAAAAUUGUUUUUGUUAGUAAAAUUGUUUGUUUUUCAAAGUUUUUAUACCUUGAGUUUUCGGAUAAUCGAACAUAACAACCAACAACAUGUCUUAGUAGUCUGGUAGAAGGUUCUCUUUCAAGUGCUAAAACCAUUUUUCCCUGGAAAAUGUAUUAAAUACAAUAUUUUGUUGUUUCCAAGGCAAAAAAUGCAUACCAAUAUAAGAGCAACAUGGGAAAACCGAUCAUAUGUUUGACAAAUAUAAUUUAAACCAUUAUCAUCCAUGAGGAUUUUUUGUAAUAUAAAUGUUGAUAAUGUUUUAGUCAAUUCAAAACCUGUUUCCAUAAUACGUAAACAUAAAGGAAUUAUUUCAGUGGUGAGUAAAAAUGUUAUAACUUCCUGUUCUUCUGUCUAAAAAUGAACAUAACCGUCAUUCUAUUAAAAUUAAUUGUGUUAUCAGUAAAAGUAAUUUUAUUUUUUACAGCUCUUACUUUAUUUUUAAACAUAGGCUUAUGAUUAUUAUGAUUUUAUGUUUAAAAUGUAUGUAUAAAUAUUUUUGAAUAAUUUACCUUUACUAAAGCUCCAAUAACUCCCAGACUUGUAAGCCUAAGAUGUUCAAAAUUACGGCAUUUGUUAGCAUUGUGUAGAAAUGGAUACAUGUAUAAUGGAAUCUGUGCUUUGAGAAACUGUGAACGUGUUUCUGGAUGUGAUCCGACUGAUUGAAGUAAAGCCAAUGCAUUACAAAGCCGUGUCACCUGUUGAAGUGACAUGGUUGGAGGAUUUACAAACUGAUAAGUAGAAACAAUUUCAAAUAAUAAUGAAGCUAUAGUGCCAGUCGAAUACCAUAGCAAUGGACCAAGAUCAUGUAUGAUUUCUCGCCUUGAGCUAAAAAAUAAAUAUUGAUUGUAGAUAAAAUUAAUAAAUAAUAAUUAUUUACAAAAACGUUAAAUCACACCAAAUCAUAUACAAAAUUUGAAAAUUAAUUUUAAAAAAAAAACUUAAAUUUGAUAAUAUAUAUGUAUACAGUGUCUUACAGUAUUAUCUGAAUGCUAAUAACUCAGUCAAUAUUUAUGUUUUUUUUUUCAAUCAGUUUACAUGUUAAAGGGAAACAAAUAUAGGGAUUAAUUAAAUUUUUAAUUUCAUCCUUCACGUUAAAGAAAAAAAUUAACUUAAUUUUUUAAAUUUUCAAAAUAGAUAUUUUGUAAAAAUAUAUUAUUCCAAGAAUUUGAAUAAAUCAUACAUUCAUAUCCAAUCAAUAGUUUCUUAGUAAUAGCAGUUUUAAUUUCUAACAUAAGAUAACAAACCGAUAGUUUGCUAUCCCAUAAUGUCUUCUUCUUUUUUCACACAUUUUUAAAGAUACCUAUUAAAAUGGCUUAUUGCUAAGAAAUUAUUGAUAACAUAUAAUAUAAUAUAUUAUGUAUGAUACAUCAACACUUUUAGAAAAAUUUAUUUUACAAAUUGACUAUUUGAAAAUUAUAAAAAGUGAAAAAAUAAAUAUUGACAGUCAUUAAUAUUAAGAUUACACUGAAUGUCGUGCUGUUUAUAAACAAAUUUAAUUUCAAAUAAUUUUACUGAAAUUGAUAUAAAUAAGAAUAAGAAUGAAAGCACACAAUAUCAACAUUAUUUUAUGUUACCUACUUAGAAUUUAAAUUGUGGUAGUUAGAUUAAAUUAAACUAAACAAAGAUGAAAAAAAUGUAAAGAGGAAAGUAUUUUUGAAGGAAACUUUUCUAAAAUAUUGUCAAACAAUAAAGUUACCUACAGCCAUGGUAGUCUUUAAUUACUGUGAAAAAUAGUCAUGUCCUUUCAGCAAAGCAAUCAGUAGAACACAAUUAUUGUUCUCACCUAUAUAAGCGCUAAUUGAAUAUACUACAUUAUUAAUUAAUUAAAAAUUGAAUUUGAAUGUUUUCUUUAAAAAAAAUUGCAUGUUUUGUUAACUUAUGAAAAAGUUCAUAGAACAAUGGUUAAAACCCUAUGUAUUAAAUAAACAAAAUUAUUUAGAAAAUAAAACACAUUAAUAUAAAAUUUCAAUAUAAAAAAAAAGAUUUUAUAAUAAUUAUUUUAAAUAUAAUUAUAUAAAUACUUUAAAUUAAUACAAAAAUUUAAAAAUUAUAAUAAAUAAAUUAAAAAAAUAAGUAUUAACAUUAAGUUGCUGUAACUCAUGCAAUUUUUUACAUUUUUAAAUAAAAUCCAUAUAAAUAAAGAACUGUAAUAUCUUGGGGUUUCUUUAAAAUUAAAUGAAAAAACCUAAUUGAUUAGGAUUAACUUGAUUUAAAACAUGACUGAAUUACAGAUAUUGUUAAUAAAAGGUUAUACAUAAUCAGGUUAUAAACAUUAUAACUUAAUAGGAAGAAUUUGUUACAAUUCACAGUGAUCAGUAACGGAUUUAGGAAGAUACUCUGAAAAACUAUUGAUUUAAGUAAUUGUGAAUUAUAAUAAACAUUUUGUGGGUCCAAAUAACAGCCAAUAAAAUUAUUGUUGAAUUUAGUUAAGUCCAAUUAGACACAAAAAUACAGUAUAAAAGUUAAUGAUGCCUCUCCAUUAUUAGACUGCCAACUAAUAGAAGAAUGGUAGCAAUCAUGUUGCCAUUAAUGCACAUUUUUAGCAAAAACUUAAUAAGCAACAUUUUGAUAAGUACAAUACAAUUUUAAGUAGCAUAUAUAAAUAAUUUAAACAGUAGAUCACACAUUGAAAUUUUAAUUUAAGUUACGUAAUUAUCCUAUGUUGUCUGUUAGGUGGACUGAGACAUGUACGUGUAUCACAUCCUCUUAAGUAUAUAAAAUAGUCUUGUCUUUAAAUGUUGUUAAUUGUGCUUAAACCUAAAAAAAAAUUCUAUGUAAUGUAGUUGAGUUUGAUGGGUAAUAGUUAGACCAAGCCGAUAAAUGUGAGUAUUGUCUUCACCAAUACAUUACCUAAAUUAAACAAAAGAUAAAAUUAUUAAAAAAUAUAUGAGGAGAAAUGUUUAAGGUUAACAAUGAAUAGGGAACCUAAGGUAGUAUAUAACAACAAUUAAUUAUGUUGGCAUAAGGAUCAUUACGAUUUUGUUACCUACCUGAGUUCAGAUAAUGCGUUUUCUCGGGUCUCUGGACUGCAAAGUUCGACAAUCCAUUGGUAAACUUUCUCGCGGUCGUGUGGUCCUUGACCAAGUUGUUGGGGCAUUUGCACAGAGUCCAUUUUAAACAUCAGGCGGCUGUUUUGCGAAACGGUCGUAACUAAAAAUGUUAAGUACACUAAGUAAUUGGAUAAGUACGACGGAAUUUGUGUACCUAAUAAAAAUAAUUUAAGUACAAAGAUCAAAAUAUUAUAUUUUAUCAAUAGUAUAAUUAAGUAAAACGAUAAAAAUGCGUUAAAAAAAUAAUAUUAAAUAAAAUUAAAAAAAAAGUUCAUUAUAGUUUUAACCGACCAUACACUUAGUUAUUUAAUAUACAACAUCACAAAUUACAACGUCAACAACCAUGACAAAAUUUUGUCAUGUUUUAUAUAUACUACCACGGAGAAACUAUGAACCGCUAAUCAGGGAUGUAUUAACUAGGUCAUAGUUAGAGGGUCCAUGGAAUGAAUUGUGGGACGCCUAACUAAAUUAUUGCACUCGUUCAUAGCGACGCUUGUUCCCCAGUUGAUAAUCGUACACUAAACUGAUAACAGACCCAAGUUUAAUUUAAUUUGAGUUUUUUUUUAGUUUUCAAGUUUGUUUUAUAAUAUUGUUGACCGACUGUUUUUUCGGUGUGAUUUUUAGUUAUAAUUUGUUAAGAUAAUGAUAUUAUGAAGUAUGUUCAAGAUUUUCACCACCCAUUUAUUGUGUACUCAAUUGAAUAGUUUUUAAAAGUUUUCUAGGCAUGUUGGUUGUAAAUAUUUUCAAAACAUUGAAAUUAUCAAGCUCGUUUGGUAGACCAAUCAAAGUACAUUUUAGUACAAAAAUUAAUGAGAAAAAAUCAAAAUUAAAACGAGAUUCCCUUUUUGAAAAUAAAACCAAAUUAACAAAUGGAUUUGAUUCAAAUAAAGACGAGAAAUAUAAUGAAUGCAUUAAAAAUGGAUUAACUCUUAAUGUAAUUUCAACUAAUAACUGGCUGUAUGAUAUGCAUAUUG